AUGAGCGAGCUCCUGGCCCUGAAGGGCAUUCUGCGGGUGGGUUGUCCAUCCUCGGGGUUCGUUUGGAGCAACCCAUGUCCCGGGAUGCCUUUGAAAGUCGGAGUCUCGCUCUGCCUCGGGGUGGCAUGUUAUGAGCAAGCUUCUGCCCCUAAAGACAUUCCGCGGGCAGGUUGUCCAGCCUCCGGGUGGCGUUUGGAGCAACCCAUGUCCCGGGAUGUGUUUGAAAGUCGGAAUCUCGAUCUGCCUCGUGUUGGUGUGUUAUGA